UUGGGACCGGGUUAAAUGAUUUUUUUCCUUAAUAUAUCAAAACACAAAUGGCAUAUUUUGGGGGACAUUAGAUCCAUUCAAGAAAAAUAACUCCUUUUUUUUCAACUCUUAUCACAUGGUGCGCUUCUUUAUCUCAUUAGUCAAAAGUCUAGCCAUUACAUUGCUUUCUCACUCUUUCUCUCUUACCAAAGUAUUAUUCUUAUUGUUUCCCGGUUCAGGGUUUUCGUACCCAGUUCUUUCUCUUUUUUUCUUUUUUUGUAUAAACAUGCAAUAUAAUACUGGGAUUCAAAUUGACUUGAGAGACUAUUGUAGAAGACGUUACUGAAUCAAGCACUAUCCACUUUACCCUUUUUCUUUUUUCUUUAUCUUUGUCUUUUCUUUUUCUUUCUUUUUGUUGAAAUACAUAUUGCAAUAAUAAAAAAAAAACUAUGCAAAGGAAGCACGUAAGAACAACCAUUUUCGGUGAGCUUCAUUAGAGAAUAGAAAGGACAGAUCUGCAGCCAUGGAGAACUGGAGUGCAGAAAUGGAAGAUAUGAAGAAAGAAUUGUUCACCAUAGCCAUGAAAGGUGAAUGGGAAUCAGUCGUAAAACUAUACGAGCGAAACGACCUAGCACAUAGAACAAAGAUCACCAAGUCAGGGGACACGGCACUUCACGUAGCGGUGUCUGACUGCCAAGAAGAAGUGAUCAAAGCCCUCGUACGACAAGUCGUUUUAAAAUCAAUAGCAGUGCUCAGUAUUCAAAACGACAGAGGGAACACUCCUCUCCAUUUCGCGGCCUCCAUAGGGAACGUGACAAUGUGCUUCUGUUUGGCUGAGGCUGAUAGAUCGUUGGUUGGAGUUCGUAACAAAGAUGGUGAGACUCCUCUGUUUUUGGCUGCUCUUCGAGGUAAGAAGGAAGCUUUCCUAUGCCUACAAAGCUUUUGUGACCCUCAUCACGACGGCUCUUAUUGCCGGAGACACGACGGUCAAACAGUUCUUCAUUGCGCAAUCUCAGGAGAGUACUUCGACUUGGCAUUUCAGAUAAUUCAUCUGUACCCAAAACUAGUCAACUCUGUUGACGAGCAUGGACUUUCUCCCCUUCAUAUUUUGGCCAGUAAGCCAUUUGCCUUCAAAAGUGGUAGUAACCUUGGUCACUGGCACAGCCUCAUUUACCAUUUUAUGUUUGUAGAUGAGCUCAGGCCAGAACCGAAAUCAGACCUUUCUUUACUGAUGAAGAGAACAAAGGAUGAAAAGAAAGACAGUUAUCCGGAAAAUUAUAAAUCUUGCGUCAAUUUUGCUCAGCUUCUGAUGCAUGCCAUUGAAACUGUCAUUAUCAAGAAAGACGUACUGCUGCAGAAAAGCACAAACCAUGAUACAGAGAACCCUGAAGCACUGAAAGUUGCCCAAAACACACAACACAAGGGGCUGCAGACAAUCCCUGGAGCUCAAGGUCAUCAAUUAUUUCCACCUAAUUACGCAACCUGCUUCAACCUUUUCAAGAACCUAUGCAAGUCAUUGCUAAUCGUUCUUGGAUUCGGAUCUAGGAUGAUACAAAGAAUAAGGGAAAAGAAAGAGAAGCAUGUAUGGUCAGUUCAAAUCUUGAAUGAACUUCUGAAAAAUGCUUCUAUGUAUGAGUACGAGAACACCGGAGCAAGCCCAGAAGCAGUAGUACAGCCCCUCGACGAAAUUGACGAAACUAAGCCUUAUGAGAUUUUUGAGAGUGGAGAUGCAACUUUUUUGCGUAGCAUGAAGCUGAUUAAUCCAUCUACCUUUGAUAACCCUUCCAAAUCAACUAACCAACAAGAAAAUGACCAUAUAGAUAAUCAACAAGGAGAGAAGGAGACAGCCAUAUUAAUUGCGGCAAAAAAUGGUGUGACGGAAAUGGUAGAGAAAAUCCUUGAGCUUUUUCCGGUGGCAAUCCACGACAUGAACUCGGAGAAGAAGAACAUAGUGCUAUUGGCGGUGGAGAACCGGCAACCGCACGUGUUCAAGAUGUUGUUGAAGAGGAACAUCUUGAAAGACAGUGUGUUUCAACAAGUGGACAACAAAGGGAACAGUGCGUUGCAUCUCGCCGCCAUGUUGGGAGACUAUAAGCCUUGGCUAAUCCCAGGCGCUGCUCUGCAAAUGCAGUGGGAAAUCAAAUGGUAUGAGUUUGUGAAAACAUCUAUGCCACCAAACUUCUUUGUCCGCUACAACGAAAACCGCAAGACAGCAAAGGACCUCUUCACCGAAACACACAAGGGCCUCGUCCAAUCCGGCGGAGAGUGGCUAACAAACACCUCCGAGUCCUGUUCCGUGGUGGCCGCCCUUAUCGCGACAGUUGCUUUCGCUACGUCCACCGCUGUCCCGGGAGGCACCAACGAGAACAGUGGUAAACCAAUCCUAGAAGAUGAGCCGGCUUUUGAGAUUUUCGCCAUAACGUCACUGGUGGCCUUGUGCUUCUCAGUCACCUCCGUUGUCAUGUUCCUCGCAAUACUCACGUCUCGGUACCAAGAAAAGGAUUUUGGUAGAGACCUUCCGAGAAAGCUGUUAGUGGGGCUAACGUCGCUGUUUGUGUCCAUUGCUUCCAUGUUGGUUUCUUUCUGCGCUGGCCAUUUCUUUGUUCUUCAAGAAAAGCUCAAAUACGCAGCUUUUCCUGUCUAUGCCAUUACAUGCUUGCCCGUAACUUUUUUUGCUCUAGCCCAAUUUCCUCUCUAUCUUGAUCUUAUAUGGGCCAAUUUUAAGAAGGUUCCUCAGCGUAGUUACAAGGUUGCUCUUUCCACCUAGUCCAUUACUAUUGUUUGUCAUGUUAUUAUUACUUCUUCAGUCAUAUACAUAGUACUGUUCGUCGUUGUUGGA